UAUGUUAAGCAAGAAGAAAAACAAAAACAAAUAUGAAAAUGAUAACGAGAACGCAAAGAGAAACGAAGGGAACGAAAGAAGAAAGAAGAAGGAAACAUAAAGAGAGAAUGAAAGAAAAUAAGAAGAGUACACUUUAUUUACGUCUUCCAAUAUCAGAACGUCCUUUUUCCUCCAUUCUGUAUAUCCAUCAUUUUCGAAGUACCUUUCAGAAUUUUUCUCCUAUCGAAUUCUCCAGUCUCUUCCUCUCUGUUAUCUCGAGUAACGAUCGUCGUUAUAUCUCAAGCGAUUGGAGUGCCUUGCGUCAGAUGGGUCCAAAUCGGUCGAUCGGGCAGUGAUUUCAUGUGUUCAUAGGCUUAAGACAAGUUACGCGUAAAAAAAAAAAAAAAAAAAAAAAAGAAAAAUUCAAUCAAGACGAAUUAUGUGAGCUCGCUUAUAGAAUGAGAAUAUAUUAAAAUGGAAUGAGUUGAUAUAGCGAUGAUCAUAAUAAUUAUGAUUAUGAUCGCGACAAUUAUGACGAUAAUGAUGAUGAUGAUGAUGAUGAUGAUGAUGAUAAUGAUGAUGAUAAUGAUGAUAAUAAUAAUGAUGCUGAUUAUGAUGAUAAUGAUGAUGAUGAUAAUGAUGAAUUCUUAAUUCACCAUUAGAGAAGAUUCUAAUUAUCACACGGAUUAAAUCAAUAACUUUUCGUUAUUACGUCUCUAGUUCUUGUCGUUGUAAGUAGUAGCUUCUUUUUUUCGUCUUUAUUAGUUUUCUUAAACCUUUUUCUUCGUCUUCCUCUUCCUCUUCUUCUUCUUCUGUCCCUUUUCUUCAUUUACUUCCUCUUCUUCUUCUCUUUUUUGUUCUUCGUUGGCGCAGGACGUCAUAAUGUUCUUUUCCCCCCCCCCCCCCCCCCCCUCUAAAUAAAUCUAUUUCCAUAAUCUAAGGUACCUUGAAAAAAAGGGCCUCUGACCUCUCUUUGGCUCUUUGGACCUAGCCCAACAACCACCUCGGUGAUCAUCGGUAAUAAUGAAAGCAAUUAUGUACCUACUUGCUCUUUCUCUUUUUUUCUAUGUCUCUUUCUCUCUCUUCCUCUUUUUCUAUCUUUCUCGCCUGACGAAGAGCAACGAAGGACUUCCUUUUUUUAAACAAACGACAAAAGAAACAAGAAAUCAGUGUAUAUAUAUAUAUAUAUAUAUAUAUAUAUAUGUAUAUAUAUAUAUGUAUAUAUGUAUAUAUGGAAGCAAACUCUUCGAUCGUCUUCGUCGCCGGAAAUGCAAAAUUUUAAGGACAACUUUAUAUAUAAACGCCAAAGAUAGAAUUGUAAACCAUAUACAAAAUUAUCAAUAUAUCUACGACGAAAACGACGACACCGAACAACGUUAGAGUCAAGAAAUUUUAUGGGAAGAAAAAAGUAAACGAAAAAAAAAAAAAAAAAGAAAAAAAGAAAAGAAAAGAAAAGGAAAAAAAAGAGAAAAGAAAAGGUACAUCGGACACGAAUAAUUUAUCAAUAUAAUGAUCUCUAGGAACGAGUUAAAUUUAAAAUAAGAUUUCGAUGAUUUACGUGAUAACCUUAAUAAAAUAUCCACGAUGGAUGUUAAAUUGAGUUGAGAGAGAGAAAAAAAAAAAGGGAAAAGAAAAAUACAAAUAAACGGAGCCACAGACACAGACAGAAGUAGAUACACACGUACACGCGCGCGCAAAUAACGAAAAGGAUAGAAAAAAGAAAAAAAGGAGACGUUGGGAACACACUAGUCCGUAAUCCUAGUUUCUCUUUGUCCUGCUAACCGAGAUCACUCGAGGUGUAGAAAGAAAAUGAAAGAAAAUUUGGCCUGUAUCGUUUUCUCAUCGUCGCUUUCUCGUCCAUCGUAUUAUGUUCGUAGAAUAAUCGAUGAAACGAGGAGUGGAACGGGACGAUAGAGAUACGAAAUAUUAGAUGAAGAUUAGAGGGGUGGUGCAUGAGCUCCCAUUGAAUCAGCCAGAAUACGUGAAUGGCCAGCACAAAAAGCGAAUGAACGCAAUGUGAUACUAAAUGAUAAUAAGAAUAAAAAUAUAAUUAUUCUGUAGUGUGCGACUACUCGGGACACGAAGCGUAUCAUUUGAAAUGGAAAAUGUAUUAUAAAAAGGAAAAGAGCGAGCGAACGAGCGAGAGAGAGAGAGAGAGAGAGAGAGAGAGAGAGAGAGAUUCGUAUCCCUAGAGUCGCCUUGAAUAAUAUAAGCAGCUAGCCUAUGUCAACCUCUCCCUCUCUAUCCCACGAACCUACCCAUCCUUAAAUAUUUCCCAGAUUUUCGAGCCGUAGACGGACUAGGGUUACGCAAUAAAGAUUAUUUUAACGUAUAAUUAAUUAUGCUUAUUUUGUGUAUGUAUUAUACACGUAUACCCACGAAGCUGGGUGCUCAGAUAUCCCUUAAGAGGCAACGAAUGUAUUGUUAUUAUUAUAUAAUAUCUCCUUUCAAAGUAGUCUCUCUCCUUCGAUGAUUGAAUAUCAUUUUUAAACAUAAACAUAUUCAAAGUAAACAAUAAUCUCGAUAUUUUCUUUAUCGCGAAUUCGGAGAAGUAUUAUGUAUGUUCUAAAAGAUCUUGUUAUUGUUAUUGUUAUUUUAUCGACCAAAUCCGUCCUGGAAGGAUCAAAAAAAAAAAAAAAAAAGAAAGAAGAAAGGAAAAAAGAGAAAAGAUUCAGUACCUUUGACGUCUCUCACGGGUAAAUCUGGGCGAAGUUUCAUAGCUGUUAAGCAUUUUCCGAGCGGCGAGCGUCCUCUGCGUGCUUUCUUAGUGUUCAUAGUCUUUUACGAUGAGAUAUAAAUUAAUUCCGAAAGGGGAAAAAAUAUGUAAAAAUGAAAAGAUAAAACAGAAGCGAGCGAAAAGAAUACGUUCUUUGUUCUUCUUGAGUAUUGUAUUUUCUUGAUGAUCCUUAUAUAAUCCGAUAUCCCUGAUAUAUACAUCCCCAUAUCAAAUUUUAUGGAAAUUUGUUGUUUCUUUUUUUUUUUUUUUUUAUCUAUGCAAAACGACGCUUCCAGAAUAAAAAUUCCAAACGUAGUGAAAGAUAAGCGGAGGAAAGGGAGUGAGCUGAGGGACAGACAGUGUUAAACUAACGGUUCAAAGAGUCUUGACUUUUGAAGAAAAAGAAAACAUACACGAAACCCGUUAUCGGUUGGGCUACGUUCCAGCUGGGCAACCUACGUAAAUGCGUCCCGAAGCAUUCCGUUGGUAGCCGUGUCGAUUGCAUAAUUACGGGACGAUAAAUAAGACGCAGGUUUUCUCGUUUUGUAAGUUCCUCUCAAGAUCGGUCACGCUCCUGCCACCUACCUACCAGUUUCCUUCGCGAACGUAAAUAUCCAACGAGCAUGUAAGGUCGAGGUUGUUCAAACCGGCUUCGUGAAUGGUUACAGGAAGAAUAACGCCUCCUUGAAGCACGCUUCGCGCUAUAAUACUGCAUUCUGCAUCGCGUGCCAGUGUCAUACCUUCGGGCUUGCGCGUUAAUACGAUACAUCCGAUUCAAUAUAGGCACGCUUUCUCCGCUCGACGAUCAUUUAAAUGACCCUUGGUAGUAUCAACACACCUGAACCUGUUAUUGGUUGAAAUCAUCAGACAAAACGUUUUGAUAUUUUUUUUUUUCUUUUGAUCCUUGAGCAAAGAAAAAAAAAAGGAAGAAAAAAGAAUAAAGAAAAUUGAUCGAAUUAAAGGAAAUACAAAUUUACAAGAGCGUGACUCGAUUAAUUAUUAAAUAUGAUGAAUUUAUUAAACGAUUAAAUUCAACGAUUAGUCGUAAUAUUAUUUAAUUGGUACUUACUAAUCGUAAUGAUAAGAUCAACGAUAUUUAAUGUAGAAAAAUCUAAAAUUACUAUAGAAAUUGGUAUAAUAAAUAAUUCUUAUAUUGGAUCAUUUAUUCAUAUAAUAUUUCGCUCAUGUUUCUCUUAUCGGUUCAUCUUAUUUAUGUUCAUCUUAUUUAACCAAGAUGUUUAUAACGAAUCAAUUGGUCAAUCAAGUCAGAAUGGAAUUUUAAUAAAUCACUUUCCUUAAUCAAUCCGUCCGAUCAGCUAUCUUCUUAAAUAUGUCCGACACGUCUUUGGAACCAGUCUUCCUUAUCGAUAAACCCGGCCAAUGGCCUGUACAGUCCACGCAUCGUGCAUGAGGUUCGGGAUUCUGCUCUCGAUCAAACGGACAUUGGCUUGGAACCGUUGGAAGAUAGAAAUUCAUGAAAUCGAAUCGUUGUGCCGAGCGUGAGCAAGGAAAGUACCGUUGUCGAAGGAAUUGCAUAAUGGAGCUUGCGUUUCUUGUUUUUCGUUGGAAGUGCAGACAUCGAGUUAGCUGAUAUUUAUUGGCAGGAGAUCCGUACCGACGUCAUUGACCAAUAACCGAUUCUCGCGUCUCUUCGGUUUUCUCGUCUCGUUGACUGGCCAGAGUUUCUCGGAGUUCUCGAAGAGUACCGUAAGAACGUCAAUACGUUGGUAAGGGUAAAGAGGGGAUAUAGACGCCCGGUCAACGCUCCUGCAUUCUACCUCCUUAAUGUAUAUAAAGAAGAAGCAUCGUACGGAUUUCAAGGCAGAUACCAAGAACAACAUGUACGGCAAGGUGGUUUUGACUCUCGCGACAAUUCUGGCAUUGACCAGUGCCCAGAUACCAAGUCUGGGUUGGUGUCCAGAAUACGUACCAAUGGCUAACUUCGACAUGAACAGGUUUUUGGGAGUCUGGUAUGAAGCGGAAAGAUAUUUCCAAUUAGCCGAAGUGGUUUCACGUUGCGUCAUGUCGAAUUAUACGAGAAGUCCUGAUGGCAAGUUACGUGUGAGCAAUGAAGUUACGAACAGAAUUACAGGAAUCAAGAGAAUAUUGGAAGGUGAAAUUAAAAAGGCAGCUUCGAAAGCGGAGGAAGGAAAAUUAUACGUGAAAUAUACGGCAGUACCUCUAACUCCAGAGACACAUUAUUCAGUGUUAGAAACUGAUUAUGAUAACUAUGCCGUGCUGUGGAGCUGUUCUGGUAUUGGUCCGAUCCACGCCCAAAAUGCUUGGGUCAUGACCAGAGAGAGAAUCGCACCUGGAUCGAUACUUCAAAAGGCUUAUGGCGUUUUAGACAAAUACAAGAUUUCCAAAGCGUUCUUCGUGAAAACGAAUCAAGAGGAUUGCGCUUAUCUUGCACCUACUACGGCUAUUGAGACUAGUACUGAAGCAGUAGCUGAGGCACAGGAAAUAAAGAAAGAGCACGUGCGAAAUGUGUUUGGUCAAUUGUCAGAAUCAGAAGUACCAAUCAAAGAAGAAUCGAUCGAAAAGGAAAAGAUAUCACAAAAGAUAGAAACCGUACCGGAAAGAAUUCUUAAGGUUGCGGAUUUAGUCAAUGAAGAUAAACUAUCGGAAAAGUCAACGAAGGAAGAAAAUUUGGAAAAGAAAACGAAUUUAAAAAAAGUCGACGAGAAAUUAAAGAAGAAAGAGGAAAUUACGGAAAUCACGAAUGAAUCGAAGAAAACGAGUUCGUAAAGAGUUCCAUCGAUCUUCUUAAUCUCGUAUAAGAGAAGGAAAAUGAAGACGAGAGAGAGUUACGAAUUAUGCUUUACUAUACGCGAUCAAUUUGGAACUUUUUUAAUCUGUCUCGAUUAGCGAUUAUUCUAUUUGAAAAAGAAGGAAAAGAAAAAAAAAGGAAAGGGAAAAAAGAAAAGAUGUCAAUCUCGUCUAGUUCAUCAAAAUCGUUCGUUAUCUAUUAUAUAAGUAUCGAUAAGGAAUCGAAAGUUAGAAGAUUAAAGCUUAAGUGGCAUUUACAAAUGUAACGAAAAAAAAAAGAAAAGAAAGAGAAAAAAGACCCAAGUCGAAUAAAUUGUUACAUAAAAUACGUUUUCUCAAAAAUCCACUA